CAGCUGAUAGGCUGCCACCUGCCAAAUUUGCAUACAUUGACGUGUAGGAAAGAGCCAAUACGUCCCUUCCGAGGGUGAGUUUGAUAGAACUGGUCCGUUGUCAUAGAAACCAGGAGGCAAACAGAGGUGGUCAUUCGCUUCCAGAGCUAGAAGUUACAGGUGGAAAAUGUAUAAAGUGGACCUUCAGACCGAUGUAAAAGAGGCAGCUGCCAUCGAAGCCCGCAGGAACCGAGAGAAGCAAAGACAGAGCCGCAUCUUUAACACUCGCUACCGCACAAUGGGGGUGGAUGUGGAAGGCUUGAAAGGCCAGGUGGAAGAGCGGAAACUCCGAGAAAAUGCAGAGAAAGAAAGGGAUGAAGCUUUUGACGCAGACAGGGUACAAUGUGAUAAGAUUGCACAGAUGCUGGAGGAAGAGGAGCGCCAGCGCAAAAAACAACUCAACCAGGCAGUGGUGGAAUUCUGGAAGCAGGAGCAGCAGCCUUUCAUGAGCCGCGAGUGGGACAUCCACAACCCUGAGGCCAUCCGUAAAGGGGUUCCUGCCCGUGUGAGUGAUGAUGACCCUCGCUGUGGACCUUCUAGCAUGCAGCGCUUUGCUGGUGAAGACUUGAAUGCUGCCCAGCGCAAGCUCCAGAAGGAGCAAAACAAACGUGUCCUGGAACUGCAGACAACUGAACGGAAAAAGGGCCUUGCUAACCAAAAAUAUGCCGAUAUCCUGGAUGACAAAAAGAGAAUAGAGCUGGAUCUGCGAGCUCUAGAGUUGGCACGAUUAGAGGAGGAAUGUCGCAGGGCCAAAGCCAUGGCCAUUGCAGACUUCAACCGAGCCCAGGCUGCAGAGGUUGCUGAGCAGCAGCGCCUAGCCCAGCAGCGGGAGCAGGACAAUAACAAUGCAGAAAUCCACAAUCACCUGACCAGCAACUUCCUGACAGAAAAUCCAGACACAGCCAAAAGUCUGAUGGGGCCGCAGCGGGUGAUCGUCAGCCAGUGGAAGGGGAUGAGCACUGCAGAAGUGGAGGCUGUGCUGAAGAUGCAGGAAGAGCAAUGCAAGGAGAACCAGAGGAUGCGGGAAGCAGAGCGCCAGCGGGAGGCUGAGUGGGGUCGGCAGCAGGAACUGGCUGCCCGUGCUGCCAUGGUGGUGGAAGAAGAGGAACAAAAUUUCCGCCGGCAGCUGAGGAAGAGCUUGGAUGCCUAUAAUAAGGAGCUGGCAGAAGCACAGAAGUCAAACUUACACUAUAUGGAAAAAGAGGUCUACACCAAUGCACCCACAGCCCAGUAUCACUUGCAGUUUAGCACUAGCAGCCGUUGACUGAAGGAACUAUGAAUGCUGGAAGUCUUUUGACACGAGCAAAGUAAAGUAUUUUGCAACCAA